AUGGAUUACUCUAGAAGUAAUAUCUCAUCUCAGGUGUACAUGCAUAAUACAGAUGUGACGGAUAUCGAGUCAGAUAAACCAGUUAUAUAUAGACUGGAGGAGAUUGAUGAGGCAACAGGUAAUUUUGAUGUAGCAAGGAAAAUAGGAGAAGGUGGAUAUGGGAGUGUAUACUUUGGAAUAUUAAGAGAACAGGAAGUUGCAGUUAAGAAGAUGAAAUCGAGCAAAUCAAAAGAGUUUUUAGUGGAGCUCAAGGUUCUAUGCAAGAUACAUCACAUUAAUGUGGUGGAAUUGCUUGGGUAUGCAAGUGGGGACAACCACCUCUAUUUGGUUUAUGAGUACGUCCAGAAUGGAUCACUUAAUGUGCGUCUUCAUGAUCCUUUGCUGAAAGCCAGAGCAUAUAUAGCACUUGAUGCAGCCAGGGGAAUUGAAUACAUUCAUGACCACACAAGGGCACGCUAUGUGCACCGGGAUAUAAAGACAAGUAACAUUCUACUUGAUCAGGGACUCAGAGCAAAGGUUGGAGAUUUUGGAUUGGCAAAACUUGUAGAACGAUCAGAUGAAGAAGAUCUUAUAGUAACACGCCUCGUUGGGACCCCUGGUUAUCUAGCUCCAGAGUCCAUACAGGAAAUUCAAACAACCUCUAAGGCCGAUGUUUUUGCAUUUGGGGUCGUUUUAGCAGAGCUGAUAACUGGUCAACGCGCCCUCGUUCGUGACAACCGAGAACCAAACAGGAUGAAAUCCCUGAUUUCAGUUGUAAGUGAUAAGAACAAGAAAGAAGCCAUCAGUUCAUCUGUCAGAAAUCCUAAACACAUUUUCAAAACCAACAGCAGGCGUUCCCUGAUUGGGAAAUGUACAACUUCAAACACUCUAACUCUACUGUGUUCUUUGCCGGAUAGCAUACUGCUAAAGAUCACAAAGAUGGUUCCUACCUUGAUUGUGCUGGAUUAUUGGAAAUGGCAUCUAAAUGCUACUGCAACUGAAGCAAUCCUCCAUGUCACCAUGGACUAG